CGGGGCCGGGCGGAGGCCGGCGCGUCCCUGUGUGUCCCCGCACACGCCCCGGGAGCCGGCACGCAGGCGGGGCAGUGGCCGCCGCUAGUGCAAGAAGUGGAAAAACUACGAUUUCUAUAUUCUAAUCUUAUUCAGAAUUUUUUUUGGCACUGGGAGGCUGAAUAUUCUCUUUCUGGAGUCAUCAUAUAUCAGAAUUUGUGAAACUGUUUCCCAGUAGAUGAAUAUGGAGACACAGCUAGACCCCAUGAAGGAUGACUUGCCUUUAAUGGCAAAUACUAGCUACAUGCUUGUAAAGCACUAUGUAUUGGACUUGGAUGUGGAUUUUAAAAGUAAAGUUAUUGAGGGCAGCAUAGUUUUGUUCCUUGAGACGGGGAGCCAGUACAGGCAAACCAGCAUUGCUGGCAAAGAAUGCUGCCAGUCACAGUUUGAUGAAACCUGUAAAAUGAGAGUAUCUGAACCCUGCCAUGUUCCUCUGAAAGAUGUGAGUACCUGUUUAUCUAAAAGGGAAUAUAGUGAUUUUGCUGUCAGUGGUAAAGAGGAGGAAACUACUUUUGAUGAAAACAGUAACCAUAGCAACAGUGAACAGGCUUCUGGGAUUUCUAGUUCAAAGGACUGCUCUGACACAGAGAAUCAUGUAAACAAGGAUUUUCUCCUGGUAUUGGAUUGCUGUGAUUUAUCUGUGCUAAAGGUUGAAGAGGUAGAUGUUGCUGCUGUGUCAGGCACUGAAAAAUUUACAAGGUCUGCCAAGCUAACUGAUGCUUCAAAGGAGCUGGAAAAUCUCAGGAAUCUGAUUGUACAUGAACUUGUGACUUUACCUGCGGAUCGCUGGAAGGAACAGCUACACUAUUUUACUCACUGUAGCCAGGCACCUGGCUGUGGGGAGCUUCUGUUUAGUACUGGCACCUGGAGCUUGGAGAUAAGGAAAUCAGGAAUUCGGACUCCAGCAGACUUUCCUCAUGCAAUAAGAAUAUGGUACAAAACCAAACCAGAGGGAAGAUCUGUUACAUGGACUACAGACCAGAGUGGCAGGCCAUGUGUUUAUACAAUGGGAUCACCAAUAAACAACAGAGCCCUCUUCCCAUGCCAAGAACCACCUAUUGCCUUGUCAACAUGGCAAGCCUCAGUCCGAGCAGCUUCAGGAUUUGUUGUGUUAAUGAGUGGUGAAAACUCAGCAGAACCAGUCCAGCUUCAAGAAGGUAUGUUGAGCUGGUACUACUACGUGUCUAUGCCGAUGCCAGCAUCCACCUUCACUAUUGCUGUGGGGUGCUGGCAGGAAGUUAAACAGCAGUCCUUCAAACAAACAGCUGCUGAAACAAACACUGAGUUUUUCUUGCCAUCAUCACAAACUGAUUUCAGAUGGCAUGAAGAAAUCUGUGGUCAUGUGGAAUAUCCCUGCCGUUUCCAAAAUCCUGCUGCCAGGUUGCAGGCAGUAAUUCCUUACAGAGUCUUUGCUCCCUGGUGCCUUAUGGAAACCUGUGAAGAAUAUUUGCUUCAGCUAAUUCCUCAGUGCCUCUCAGCUGCUUAUGCCACACUGGGUACCCAUCCCUUUUCCAGGCUUGAUGUUCUGAUAGUUCCUUCCAACUUUUCCAGCCUGGGAAUGGCUAGCCCACACAUCAUCUUUCUGUCACAAAGUGUACUGCCAGGAGGAAGUCAUCUCUGUGGAACACGUCUGUGCCAUGAAAUUGCUCAUGCUUGGUUUGGACUGGCCAUUGGUGCUCGUGAUUGGACGGAAGAGUGGAUAAGUGAAGGGUUUGCCACUUUUUUAGAAGAUGUAUUUUGGGCUAGGGCACAACAGCAGCUGUCACAUGAUGAAAUAAAAGGGCAACAGGAAUUGAAAGCUUUACUUCGCUGGCGCAGACUCAGAGAUGAGGUACAAAACUCUGAAGAAGAGCUGCAAGUUCUAAGGCCCAAAAAGGAGAGCACAGGAGAAUUGAGUGAGUCUGGAGCCUCUGUUGUCAAAUAUGGUCUUAAAGCAGAAAAAAUCUUCAUGCAGGUUCACUAUUUGAAGGGUUAUUUUCUUUUACGAUCUCUGGCAAGGACAAUAGGAGAUGCCUCAUACCUUGCAUCUUUACGGAAAUUUGUCAUUAAGUUCCAUGGGCAGCUCGUCCUUUCUCAGGAUUUUCUUAGCAUGCUGUUGGAAGACAUUCCUCAACAAAAAAAGGCUGGAUUAACUGUAGAAAGCAUCUUCCAGAACUGGCUGGAUACUUCUGGAAUACCAAAGCCCCUGCUGGAGGAGGGAGAGACGUGGAAGGACUGUCAGCUCGUCCAGCAAGUGAGCGGCGAGGUCGCAAAAUGGAUUCAGACAAACCGGAGGAUCAGAAAAAGCAGCAAAAAGAAAAUGAAACAGGAUGAAGUUGUUUUCCAGCAGCUUCUCCCUGACCAGCUGGUCUUACUUCUGGAGUCCCUCUUGGAGGAGAAGACAUUGUGUCCUAGAAUAUUGCAGUGCUUGGAGAGAACAUACCAGCUCCGGGAGCAAGAUGCUGAGGUUCGUCACCGAUGGUGUGAACUUGUCAUUAAACACAAAUAUGAGCCUGGGUAUGGAGACAUUGAGAGAUUCCUCAGAGAGGAUCAGGCCAUGGGUGUGUAUCUCUACGGUGAAUUAAUGGUGAAUGAAGAUGCAAAACAACAAGAACUUGCACGGAAAUGCUUUGCUGCAGCACAAGAACAUAUGGAUGCAUCCUCAGCCAAAGUGGUGGCAGAGAUGUUAUUCUGAAAAGGUGUUAUUCAGUAUCCCCAGAAUAAACUUCUCCAUAACUUUAUCAGGCACUGGAGUGAGACUGACAGGUCUGUUUCCUGGGUCCUCCUUCCUGCCCUUCUUGAAAAUCAGGACAAUAUUUGCCAGCUUCCAGUCACCUGGGACCUCUCUGGAUUCCCAAGACCACUCAGAAGAAACAUUUUGUGACUACAUAAGCCAGCUCUUGAAGGAUUCUUGGGUGAAUCCUAUCACGCCCCAUACGUUUUCAAGGAUCCAGCUGGAGCAGUAGAUCCUGCACAUUAAGCUUUUAACAGGCCCUAUCAAAAGCCUAACAGAAAAAAAACAACAAACGUUACUGUUCUAUUCACAGUUUUCUCUCAAGGUGGGUGUUUCUGUAUUGAGUUACUGACAGAAGAAUGUUGCAGAAUCUAACUGUAGUAAAUAAAAGUCAACAACAACAAAAAAAUCUAUUUCCAAACUUCCUGUAACUAAAUCAUUACAGGAAGUCACGUCUUUUCAAAUGACACCUCCAUCUAGGAGAUGCACUCAAUGGUCCAGUUGACUGUAUUCUAUGACUGUAUGUGGCUACGACAUCACAGGCUUCUAUAUAGGUAUGCCCUUGCCCUUAGGUUUCAUUUACAUGUUUCAUAGGCAGCCCCCUCUGAAUAUAAUACAGCCUUUUGUAGGGUUUUUUUGCUCUUCCCAUCCCUAAUUCAGUCCUUUCCAAACAUAGCAGUAAUUUUACUCUGAAUAGCAUUAGAAAGCCCAUUGCUGGAGAAUCUCCCACUUGCUUCGUCAAGUCAACAUCUAGUUAGGAUCUUGGUGAUUCUUUUCAGGAUGUACCUUUUAGCUCUGAAAAUGAAUCUCAGAUGAAAAAUUAAAACUAUCCAUAUAGUUAGGCAAGGAUCAUCACCUACUUUCUCGUGCUGCUUACUUUUCAGAGUAAAGGCAGACCAUAACAAGGGAGUGGUCCUGCAGGUGGCCCCUCGGUGGGCAUGCAUUCAUUCCUUGCCAUACACUUUCUGUUGCAAGUACAGAAUAAAACACACCCUUUUGCUGACAGCUGUUUUCUGUCUGCAGCUUUGCUGGGAGGUGU